GGUUUCAACAGGUUUUCCUUGCAAUUGCCAUGAUGCUUGGUGAUGGUCUCUUCCAUGUCAUCUACAUGAUAGUAGUAACACUCCACAGUCUCAUAUCUCAGAACUCAAACACCAACAAACAACUAUCAUCAUCCUCAAACUACGACGAACAAAGAAGAACUGAAUAUUUCUUAAAAGAUCAGAUCCCAAACAAAGUCGCUGUCGCUGGUUACAUUGCUCUCGCUGCCAUUUCCAUUGGCGUAACACCAGUCAUCUUCCCCCAACUCAAAUGGUACCACAUCCUCGUCGCCUACCUUAUCGCCCCAAUCCUCGCCUUCUGCAACGCCUAUGGGUGCGGUCUUACUGACUGGUCCCUCGCCUCCAACUACGGCAAACUCGCCAUCAUCAUCUUCAGCUCGUGGGUUGGGCUCGGCCACGGAGGAAUCAUCGCGGGCCUUGCCUCGUGUGGGGUCAUGAUGAGUAUUGUCUCAACAGCAUCUGAUCUAAUGCAGGAUUUCAAAACCGGGUACUCAACCCUAGCCUCGCCUCGAUCCAUGUUCUUUAGUCAAGUCCUUGGGACCGCGAUGGGCUGCGUGAUGUCCCCAUUGGUCUUCUGGUUCUUCUACAGCGCUUACGCGGUGGGGGACCCUGACGGGUCCUACCCCGCGCCCUAUGCUUUAAUGUACCGCGGUAUUUCCCUUUUAGGAGUAGAGGGUAUUUCGUCGUUACCAAAGAACUGUCUUGAACUUGCCAUUGGAUUUUUUGUCGGUGCCAUUGUGAUCAACGUGAUUCGCGAGGUUUUGAAGCAAUGCAAAUGCAAUGAGAUGAUUUGGGGGUGUAUUCCAAGCCCAAUGUGUAUGGCGAUACCGUUCUACCUUGGAGGGUACUUUGCAAUUGAUAUGUGUGUGGGGAGUUUGAUACUUUUUGUGUGGGAGAAAGUGAAUAAGCAGAAAGCGAAGGACUUUGUGCCAGCGGUGGCAUCAGGCCUGAUUUGUGGUGAGUCUUUGUGGGGGGUUCCGGCUGCUGUGCUGUCUCUGGCCGGGGCUACACCUCCUAUCUGCAUGAAGUUUUUGUCUGCUGCUUCUAACAAGAAGGUUGAUGGCUUUUUGGGUACAUAAAUAUAUUGGUGAAUAGUAUUGGAGAUCUUUAGAACACUGGAACCUAGAACAUAGUUAGUUGAUUUUGCAAUAAACAGGUGGAUUUUUUUAGUUAGUUGUUUCUCUAAUUAUUCUUCUUAUUCUUCACUGAAACUAAUGUACAGAUAGAUAGCUUUGUGAUUCGUAAUUUAUGGGUUAUGAUUUUUUUAAAAUUUGUGUGCGUGUGUAUUUGUGUGUUUUGAUAGAAAAAAAAGAAGG